AUGAACCUCUUGAGUUUAGCUAACGGUUGGAAGUUACUUUGUGAUAAGGUUUUUGGACCAAAACAUGAUUAUCCUCCUGAAUUGGAAGAAAUUGGAAAGGAAAUAGUAGAAAAAUGCCAAGGACUACCCUUAACAAUUUCAGUGAUUGCGGGACAUCUUUCUAAAAUGACUAGGACAUUAGAAGGUUGGAAGGAUGUUGUCCAAAACUUAAGUGAAAUCAUUGCUAGUCAUCCAAAUCAAUGCUUAGGAGUGCUUGGUUUGAGUUACCACCACUUGCCUAAUCGCCUCAAACCUUGCUUUCUAUCUAUGAUUAGUUUCCCAAAGGAUUUUCUGGUUGAAUCUUGUAUGUUGAUCCAAUUAUGGAUUGCAGAAGGUUUCAUAAGGAUGUCUGCUGGAAAUUGUAAAAGUUUGGAGGAAGUGGCGAUAGAUUAUUUGGAGGACCUUAUUAGCAGGAACUUGUUACAGAUUAGAAAAAGGAGAUUCAAUGGUGAGAUAAAAGCAUGUGGAAUACAUGAUCUACUGCGUGUGUUAUGUUUGAUAGAAGCUGAAAUGACAAAGCAUAUGCAUGUUCAGAGAACCCACCCUACUCUACCAACACAAAAGCAUAAUACUCGUCGUUUCAGUUUUCAAACUGAGUCUAAUUCAGAUGAUGAUUGUUGUAAGCUAUUACCCCCUUUUGCCAGAUCUAUAUACUUAUUUUCUCAAUUGAAUCUACCUUUUCCAAAUCAUAUUAAGCUUCUCAGAAUCUUGCCCAUCCCCCGUUUUUCUCUCGUUUCAACACAAUAUGGUGAAUUUCUCUCCCGUUUCAACCUACUCAGGGUAUUGGUCAUCUUCAAUAUAGAUGUAGAUGUAGAUGCAGAGUUCCCACCAUUUCCACUAGUGAUUACAAAAUUAUUUCAUUUGAGAUUUCUCCAUUUUCCAUUUAACAGCAAUAUUCCUGACUCAAUCUCAGAGCUUCAGAACUUGCAAACUCUAAUUUGUAAUGAGCUCGUUCAUGGUCACACUGCUGAAACGCUCGAUUCUCUUCAUGCGACAGCUGAAUAUUUUCAACAGGUCCUUGAAAAUGCUAGCAAGAGUAGAUUUGACACUGAAAAGAUCAAAUCUUUGGAGGAAAAAAUAAGAGUUGCUGUUAGUUAUGCAGAAGAUGUUGUUGAGAUGAAAAUUUCUCAAAUCAUCAAAGUCUCGAGGUGGACAUCUGGAAUUUUACAACACCGAGAUUUGCUACCAGUGGUUAAGAAAAUGGAUGUAACAAAGAAACAAGUGAUGGAGAUUGUUUCUCAUGAUGCUGAUCAACUUCUUGAAUUUUCUGGGGAUUCCUUGAUUGACACUCCUUCUACAAGCAACCCAGUGCUGUCAGAUCAGUCGGGAGAUGAUAUCGUGCAUGGAAUUGAUGAUGACUUGAAGAUAAUAAUUAAAAGAUUGAUAGGACCACUGUCGGAUCUUGACAUUGUCACAAUAUCAGGCAUGGGUGGCAUUGGCAAAACAACACUAGCUAGAAAAGCUUAUGAUCAUCUUACAGUCAGGUAUCACUUUGACAUUCUUGCUUGGGUUACAAUAUCUCAAGAAUUUCGAUAUAAAAAUGUAUUGUUAGAAGCUUUACAUUGCAUUUCAAAGCAAACUGAUAGUUUCAAUGCAAAAGAUUAUGAUAAGAUGGAUGACUCUGACUUAGCAGGCCUAUUGAAGAAAGAGUUAAUUGGUCGUAGAUAG